AUUACUCGCCCGCGGUUUGGCGGGACAGCGCUGUAGCGGGUGGAGUGGAACAUGGCUGGGGGACCUGGAGAAGUGCGGAGAAGAGGGCUCCGAGUGGGGCGCGGGAAGACUCUGGAGAAAAGGGAGGUGUGAAGGGCUCGGCUGGAGGAGGUCCGACCUAGGAUGCAGGCCGGGUACACAUGGCGCCAGUGGAUCGCGCGUAAUCACUGGACGGCGCUGCUCCAGGAGUGAGCCGGGGCCAAACUCAGCACCGCGGUGGUGACUGCAGGAACAGCAGAGGCGCGCGGGCUUGGGUGAGAGUUUGGAGAGCCCCGGAGCCUUUUGCUGGGUCAGUGAAAUGCUAGAAAGAGCGGGCGCACGGUCCUCAGUGCGCAAGGAUUGCGCGCCUCUCACCCAGGCGACGCCGGCGGCGGCCAGGGCGAGCGAUCUGGAAUAAUGACAAACAUAUUUUGGCCCGAAGUGAAGAAGUCGUCGUGGCCUCGCAUUCCAACAACUGGGAUUUGAGGAAUUUUCAAACCGCGCUCCGAGGGGCCCUCAUGGUGCCCGGUGGUCUCCACCCCCACCAGUCUCUACUCAAAUUCUUCCUCAGUGAAAUCUUUGCUGCGCCAGGACCCGGCUGUGGCUCAGUCCUGGCCACAGGCAGGAAAGAGGCAAGAUCCCCUGCCAAGUGCUGACUUUCUUGUGAGAAAGUUAGGGACUCCUCAGAACGGACAAAGUAGUUUGCAGUUUUCUGGCGCUAUGGGAACUUUCCACUGGGCCUUCCUGGUCUUCGGCUGUCUCCUCACAGGGCCGAGCCUCAUCCUCUGCCAGCUCUUAUUACCCUCUAUCCUCCCAAAUGAGAACGAGAAGGUUGUGCAGCUGAAUUCAUCCUUUUCUUUGAGAUGCUUUGGGGAGAGUGAAGUGAGCUGGCAGCACCCCAUGUCUGAAGAAGAGGACCCCGACGUGGAAAUCAGAAGUGAGGAGAACAACAGCGGCCUCUUUGUGACAGUGCUGGAAGUGGUCAACGCCUCGGCAGCCCACACCGGAUGGUACACUUGCUAUUACAACCACACUCAGACAGAAGAAAGUGAGAUAGAGGGCAGGCACAUUUACAUCUAUGUGCCAGACCCAGACAUGGCCUUUGUGCCUCUAGGAAUGACAGAUUCUUUAGUCAUUGUGGAAGAAGACGAUUCUGCCAUCAUACCUUGUCGCACCACAGAUCCAGAGACUCAUGUAACUCUGUACAAUGAGGGUAGGCUGGUGUUUGCCUCUUACGACAGCAAGCAGGGCUUCAAUGGGACCUUCAGUGUGGGGCCCUACAUCUGUGAGGCCACCGUCCAAGGGAAGACAUUCCAGACCAAUGCAUUUAAUGUUUAUGCUUUGAAAGCAACAUCGGAGCUGAAUCUAGAGAUGGAAGCUCAUCAAACUGUAUAUAAAUCAGGAGAAACGAUCAUGGUGACCUGUGCUGUCUUUAACAAUGAGGUGGUUGAUCUUCAGUGGACUUACCCUGGAGAAGUGAAAAACAAAGGCAUCACCAUGCUGGAAGAAAUUAAGGUCCCAUCCAUCAAAUUGGUGUACACUUUGACAGUCCCCAAGGCCACGGUGAAAGACAGUGGAGAUUAUGAGUGUGCUGCCCGCCAGGCUACUAAGGAGGUCAAAGAAAUGAAGACAGUCACCAUUUCUGUCCAUGAGAAAGGUUUUGUUGAGAUCAAGCCCACCUUUGGCCAGCUGGAAGCCGUCAACCUGCAUCAAGUCAGGGAGUUCGUGGUGGAGGUACAAGCCUACCCUACUCCCAGGAUAUCAUGGCUGAAGGACAACUUGACUCUGAUUGAGAAUCUCACUGAGAUCACCACUGAUGUGAAAAAGAUUCAGGAAACAAGGUAUCAAAGCAAAUUAAAGCUGAUUCGGGCUAAGGAGGAAGACAGUGGCCAUUAUACCAUCGUAGUUCAAAAUGAAGAUGAUGUGAAGAGCUACACUUUUGAGCUGUCAACUCUAGUUCCCGCAUCCAUUCUGGAGCUGGUUGACGACCAUCACGGCUCUGGUGGGGGACAGACUGUGAGGUGCACAGCUGCAGGCACACCUCUUCCGGACAUCGAGUGGAUGAUCUGCAAGGAUAUUAAGAAAUGUAAUAAUGACACUUCAUGGACAACUUUGGCCAACAAUAUCUCAAAUAUCCCCACUGAGCUCCACCGCCGAGGCAGGAGUACUGUGGAGGGCCGAGUGACAUUCGCCAAAGUCGAGGAGACCAUUGCAGUUCGAUGCGUGGCAAAGAAUCACCUUGGGAAUGGGAACCGAGAACUGAAGCUGGUGGCUCCCACCCUGCGUUCUGAGCUUACAGUAGCAGCUGCAGUCUUGGUGCUGUUGGUGAUUGUGAUAAUCUCACUCAUUGUCCUGGUUGUCAUUUGGAAGCAGAAACCACGGUAUGAAAUUCGCUGGAGGGUUAUUGAGUCAAUCAGCCCUGAUGGACAUGAAUAUAUUUAUGUGGACCCGAUGCAGCUUCCCUAUGACUCCAGAUGGGAGUUCCCAAGAGAUGGACUAGUGCUUGGUCGAAUCCUGGGAUCUGGUGCAUUUGGGAAAGUAGUUGAAGGAACAGCCUAUGGAUUAAGCCGGUCCCAGCCUGUUAUGAAGGUAGCAGUGAAGAUGCUCAAACCCACAGCCAGAUCCAGUGAAAAGCAAGCUCUCAUGUCUGAGCUGAAGAUAAUGACUCACUUGGGACCACAUUUAAACAUUGUGAACUUGCUGGGAGCCUGCACCAAGUCAGGCCCUAUUUACAUCAUCACUGAGUACUGCUUCUAUGGGGAUUUGGUCAACUAUUUGCAUAAGAACAGAGAUAGCUUCCUGAGCCGACACCCAGAGAAGCCAAAGAAAGAGCUGGACAUCUUUGGAUUGAACCCUGCUGAUGAAAGUACAAGGAGUUAUGUGAUUUUAUCUUUUGAAAACAAUGGUGACUACAUGGACAUGAAGCAGGCUGAUACCACACAGUAUGUCCCCAUGCUUGAAAGGAAAGAGGUUUCUAAAUAUUCAGACAUCCAAAGAUCGCUGUAUGAUCGUCCAGCCUCCUAUAAGAAGAAAUCUAUGCUAGACUCAGAAGUCAAAAAUCUCCUUUCAGAUGACUCGGAAGGCCUUACUUUGCUGGAUUUGUUGAGCUUCACCUAUCAAGUUGCCCGAGGAAUGGAGUUUUUGGCUUCAAAAAAUUGUGUCCAUCGGGACUUGGCUGCCCGCAAUGUCCUCCUGGCGCAAGGGAAAAUCGUGAAGAUCUGUGACUUUGGCCUGGCCAGAGAUAUUAUGCAUGAUUCAAACUACGUGUCAAAAGGCAGCACCUUCCUGCCUGUGAAGUGGAUGGCCCCUGAGAGCAUCUUUGACAACCUAUACACCACCCUGAGUGAUGUCUGGUCUUAUGGCAUUCUCCUUUGGGAGAUCUUUUCUCUUGGUGGCACACCCUACCCUGGCAUGAUGGUAGAUUCUACUUUCUACAAUAAGAUCAAGAGUGGGUACCGGAUGGCCAAGCCUGACCAUGCCACCAGUGAAGUCUAUGAGAUUAUGGUACAGUGCUGGAACAGUGAGCCAGAGAAGAGACCCUCCUUCUACCAUCUGAGUGAGAUAGUGGAGAAUCUGUUGCCUGGACAAUAUAAAAAGAGUUAUGAAAAGAUUCACCUGGACUUCCUGAAAAGUGAUCACCCUGCUGUGGCACGCAUGCGUGUGGACUCCGACAAUGCGUACAUUGGUGUCACCUACAAAAAUGAAGACGACAAGCUGAAGGACUGGGAGGGUGGCGUGGAUGAGCAGAGACUGAGUGCUGACAGUGGCUACAUCAUCCCUCUGCCAGAUAUUGACCCUGUUCCAGAGGAGGAAGACCUGGGCAAGAGAAACAGACACAGCUCCCAGACCUCUGAAGAGAGUGCCAUUGAGACAGGUUCCAGCAGUUCCACCUUCAUCAAGAGAGAGGACGAGACCAUUGAGGACAUUGACAUGAUGGAUGACAUUGGCAUAGACUCCUCAGACCUGGUGGAGGACAGCUUCCUGUAACUGGCAGAUUCUGGGGUACCUUCCACUCCUUGGGAUCCCUUUCAGAAAACCACUUCGUUGCAAUGCACAGGUUGAGAGGAGGACUUGGGUGAUGUGUAAGGAGAAGUUCCCAGCCAAGGGCCUCAGGGAGCCUCUAACUAUGAAUGAAUGGGAUACUUGGAAUGAACUUUGUCCGUGUUGCCUCUUGCAAUGCGUCAGUAGCAUCUCAGCGGUCUGUGAAGCUUGGAAACGGAUGGACAAGGGAAAUGACAGGCCACAGAAGAUGAUCUUUGUGUUUCAAGGGCAUUGGUGAGAUUCCCUUGCACGCAAUUUGUACUGCAAGACAACUCCAGCAUUGUAAUUAUGUAAAUAACUCUAACCAAGGAUGUGUUUAGAUUUGUGUUAACUCUCCUCUCUGGACUUCUGAAGAGACCACUCGAUCCUUUCAUGGACUUUCUUCUUGAAACCCGGUGUCGGCUGCUGUUGAACUCUCUUAUGAAGUGCAUGCAAAACCACUUUGAACCUUAAAAGGUACUGGUACUAUCACAUUUGACUGUUUUGUUAGUGCUAAAGAGGCAAAAGAUAACAAGUAACCAACCUUGUAUAAUAGACUUGGGUCUUUUAGAAACCCAACAACUCCUUUUUUAUAACAUAAUCUACAUUUAUAAUAAUACUACUGUUAUCAGUAAUGCUAAAUAUGUAACACAUAACAUGAUUACCCUACAGAGAAAGCACAAUUUAAAAAAACCCUUACUAAGUAGGUAACAAGUUUGACAGUUUUUGACACUUAUAUUAAAUAACAUGUUUCUCAAUAAAAUAUAAUAGCUUUAGUGGAGUAAAGUUAGUAAACAUAGAAAGAAAAGUAUAGGUAGUGUUGUCCAAAAGUCAAAGUUUUUGAUUGUGUGUACUAAAUAGGUUCCCUACUCCAAGGUACUAAAAGCAGUUAAUGAUCUCUGAAGUAAUGGAAUUAGAAGUAAGCCAGCAAAACCCCCAGAUCCUCAAUGUUCUCAGUGUAAAGGCAUAAGCCUGCACCCAAUGUGACUUUUUAUACCUGCCGUGACCUCAUAGAAAUGAACAGUCCACAAAAAGACUCGGAUGGGCAAGGGUUUCUUUCAUGACCAGUGAUAACUUUGGUGGAUCCCACCAUACAUAUAUGUUUUUAACAAACUAUGAACUCCCUCUCUUGUCCUAAAGAGAAAGAGUUGGAAGCCCUGAGAUCUCCAUGGUGCUGUUGAAUGAAGGCUGUGUGGGGGCAUUAACCCACCUCUUUAGUUCCCACCAUUAAUUGCCAACUACAGUCACAACUUCUGGCUCUCUGUUCCAGAAACACAGAAAUUUUGGAUCUGAAGGGAGCAGGAACCUAUAUUUUAAUAAACUCUUUGGCUCUUCUGCUCAGCCAAUUUUCAGAAACACUGGCUUGGGUUACAGAAGGUUGCCGUGGGUGGGGUGAGAGAAAGAUUGAAAUUUGGAACUAGGCUAGAAGUCAGCCUACUAUUUAAGUCCUUGGCUUCAGGUCAGUGACAUUUAAUGCCAUGUCUCUAGCAACUGCCACCUUUAAUUUAAGUUUCCAGUCUUAGCUGAGGCUGAGAAAGCAAAAUCUUGGUUUUGGCCCAUCUUCCUCUUCAAGACAAGGCAGACACUGCUCCCCACCGCACUGGGGAACUGAGCUUGUUCUCUCCAAAACCAUGUGCAAAAAUGAUGCAACUCCACGUGCCAAGUCUCUGUAUAGCCAGGUCAAUAUUUGGUGCAGAAGAUUAAAAAGUUUUCCUGACUUUUUGGGUUUAGGUGGGAGAAUGACAUAUCCAUCCAAGCUAUCAAACUGGUUAGUGUGAGUUCAUUGGCAUUCUUUGCAAUGUGCCUAAUUGCUGACACUGUAUGAAUGAAACAUGGGCUGUGAUUACUGCAAUCACUGUAUGUGCUUCCAGCAGGUGAUGCUUUGGAAGACACAGAAGCAAUAACAAGGUACUUGACUACCUACUGGUGUAAAUCUCAAUGCAAGCCCCAACUCCCCUUUUUCAUAGUAAGUGUGAAGACUGAGCCAGAUUGGCCAAUUAAAAUAUGAAAACCUGACUAGAUUCUGUAGAGCCAAUUAGACUUGAAAUACAUUUGUGUUUCCAGAAUCUCAGCUCAAGCAUUCUGUUUAUUGCUUGUUCUCCCUUCUACAGCCUAAUUUUUGUUGAGGCUUUGCAUUUUGAUGUUGCUUUGGGCCUCCAUGACAUCAUGAGGCUUCUCAGACCAGCAGUUUCCAGUUCUGAGCAAUGCUUUCACCAGAGAUUAAAUGAAACUACAUUAUUAUUUUUUUAAACAGUAUGUUGAGUGUAUCCCAGAUUCACUUCUGUUUUGACCUGCGGAGUCCCCAGAAGAAAAUGCAUCAAUCUUUUCUACUUUCCGCUUUUCUGAUGACAAUCAAAGCUGGCCUAGGAAACACAAUUUGUGACGUUUUCAAUGAUCAAUGAUAUCCUUAAAAUGUGGUCUGCCAACCUGUACAAAAUGGUCCUAUUUUUGUGAAGAGGGACGUAAGAUAAAAUGAUGUUAUACAUCAAUAUGUAUAUAUGUGUUUCUAUAUAGACUUGGAGAAUAUUGCCAAAACAUUUAUGACAAGCUGUAUCACUGCCUUUGUUUAUAUUUUUUUUAACUGUGAUAUUCCCCACAGGCACAUUAACUGUUGCACUUUUGAAUGCCCAAAAUUUAUAUUUUAGAAGUAAUAAAGAGAAAAAUACUGACAUGUUCCCAAAAUGGUGGUGUGGUGAAUGUGUGUGACAAGAUCUAACUCAGUAAGAAGGGUUUGCGAACACAAGAUGUAUUACAGAUGUCCCUGUUCAUG